ACGCGGAUAGUUUUUUUAAUCCCUGUCUGAGUUCCUGCGGCUAGAGAGAGAUGUUUUAACUGCGGAACUACAAAGUUGAAUCCCCGAUAGGCAAGAUCUGUGGACGGCCGUUGGAUGCUACUAAUAAUCGCGCAAGACACCCCCGGCUGCAAUUUGCACAGCGAAUUUUUCGGUUGCCACCUAUUUCUGCAUUUGGUGUGUCAUAAUUAGAAACAUCAAGAAAACAACCCUGAAUGAGGCUACCUAAGAAUAAGAAGGAAAGACGUGUGAAGGAACUGCCCACAUCAGAAAGAAGGUAAAGCAAGAAUCUGAACAAGGCGAAUAAAAUAAAACAUGAGACCUCCCAAGAAACAGAGAGGACGCUCCCCUUUGUCCACACGGGCAAAAGGUGGGAGAAAGCGAGGAGACAAAGAUGUCAGACUGUCCCAGGUCACACCAGCUACGGUGUCAUCCCGCAAACAUGCUCCAUCCAAGGUGGAUACCACUGAAGGGAAAACGUCCAAUAGGAGUACCCCUCCAAACGAGGGGCUGAAGGAGCAGAUUAAAGGACUGUCUGUGGAGGUGGACCAUGCUGAGAGGGUUGUAGUUAGGGUCAAUAAAAUGACUAGCCCUAAAAACACUAGCUCAAACAUGCAUAACGUUUCCAUGCAUAACAUGAGUGCAACUAGCAACUCUCACAUGAUCAAUACAUCUAGCAACCCUCACACGAUCAAUACAGCUGGCAACCCUCACACGAUCAAUGCAGCUAGCAACCCUCACACGAUCAAUGCAGCUAGCAACCCUCACACGAUCAGUGCAGCUAGCAAUACAAACAUGGCGGUCAACAACUCAAACAAAAGCAACUCAGUCAUUACCAACCACAGUCCCUCCACACUUUCCAGUCGAAAAACAGCUACCUUCAAAGCCAGAGUGCCCAAGAAAAAGUACAUGUAUGAACAUGGAGCUGUUAGCACCUCCCCUAUUAGUCCAUCCCCUGUGCCUUCACCUGCAAAUAACAGCCACCUCACUACGCUUUGUCACCCUAUUUCUACCAUCAUCCACCCCACAGUCAGUAGUCCUGUUAUCAAUAAAGGAGAUAGUGUUGCUUUGUCUGCUAACGUGAAUAGCAAAGGAUUAGCAAACAGUGAGCAGAGCACAGAAUCCUCAAAACCUAAUUGCAGAGCUAGGGGAGAGCUUGUCAAAGAUGAUGUGUUAUCGGAAGGUGGCAGGGUGAUUGCACAAGUGGUAACGGAUACAUAUGGAGAAGGUGCCCCAAACUCGGUUCGUUCAUCAUCCACAGAUACAGCCAGUGAACACUCACCGGAUGUUGAGAUACUGGAGCGCUCCAAUGUGCACCCAAAUAUAGGGAUUCCCUCAUGUAUGCCAAGAUGUCCACUGACAAAGGCUUCUUCCAAGUCUCCCCACUUCACCUCUGGCAACCAUCAGCUUGAGCAAGACGGCUUUUCAGGAAUAGCUGAAGCACUGGCUAAGGGACUUAAGAAUCAGCGAGUGCUAGCGCGUCAUCGCCGAACAAAAGAAAGGGCAGAGGGAGGAGAACCGGUCAAGGAGUGUGUGUUCGUCUGUGGCGUGGUGCGAGGCGCUACUAAAGAGCAGCUGAAUGUGGGGCUGCAGAUGAAUGGGGAGGAGGCCCAGCUUUUGUUCCCGUUUCAUACAUUAGUAAGCCACCCACACCAAACCAUUGACCUCAUCUUAGAUGCCCCUCCACCAGGCAGUGACCCUGUGGAGGUUGGGACGCGCGUUUGUGUGCCUUAUGGAGAGGAUAAGGGGGAGGUGUGGUACAGGGAAGGAGUGGUAACUCAGGUGGAGGCCAGUCAUGCUGUUGCUUGCCCCUACAGAGUGCUACUGCAGGAAGAGCAGAAUGACAAGGUGGCAGGAACCAACAGAGAUGAAAGGGAGACGAGAACUGGCGUUCAGGCUGUGUGGGUCUCACGACAGAACCUGCGUCUUCUUGUCCCACCUUGGGAGGGAGAUGUGCAAGAGGGGGGACAAGAAAGAGGGAGAGAAGAAAGAGAAAGGAGGGAGGAGAUGGAGGUGGAGAGAGAAAUAUGCCAGCUUAGCAGGGGAAUGGCUUUUGGAGGUCCAAGGCCACCUCGGACGAAUACUGAGUUCUCAAGCUCAGAUGUUGGGAGUCAGCAAUACGAGAGCGCCCCAUCCACUUCACGUACAUCUUCACCUGCACUUAGGAUGGCAAACAGUGUAUUAAGUAUAGUCAGUGGAAGAGAGAGCCAGGGACCUGGGGAAACAAACAGAGAAAGACCAAGAGAAAGAGAGAGAGAGAGAAAACAACUGCAGACUCCAGAGGUCGACUUGGAGGUUCUGCGGCUUAACCUGGCACCUCUCCACGAUGUUGAAGGGUCUUUAGUUUCUGGGGCAACCAAAGCAGCUGGAGUCAACCAACACAGACAGAUCCUGUCUAAGCCUCCUGGGUACUCAGGCACUGUCUCCGUGGUGCGAGGUAUCUCUGGCACAUCUCUGGGUACCCACUUGACUGGUCCACCCUCAGGUAGCCCUCAGCCACCUCCAUCACCAGCUUUCAUAUGUUCCGAUGGAGUUGUCUUGCACACUCACCCUUCAACAGUGCCUCCCUCACCCAGCUCACGAGGUUCUCUUACCCCACUGGACAAGACCCCUACUCCCUCACAGGCAUCUACUCCCAUUCCUGGAAGUUCAUCUUCCUCUCCAGCCUCCUCCUCACGAUCACGGACUCCACUUUCUGCUGCUCAGCAGAAGUAUAAAAAGGGAGAUGUGGUCUGUACACCCAAUGGCAUUCGAAAGAAAUUCAACGGGAAGCAGUGGCGCCGCUUGUGUUCAAAGGAUGGCUGCAUGAAGGAGUCUCAGCGUAGAGGCUACUGCUCCCGACACCUUUCCAUGCGCACGAAAGAGUUGGAGGGAGCUGGCGGAGAGAGGGAGCAUAGAGCCGGAGGAGGAGGUAGCAGCUCAGGGACUGCAACCCCUUCGGACUUGCGAGGUCGAGCCAGCAGCGAGUUUGACUGGGAGGAGACAUCGCGGGACAGCAGUGAGACCAGCAGUCGGGGAACUGACUCUCGACCACGUCUUGUUCUUCCAUCACUGCUGCCGCAGGAAUUUUCUGGCUUUGACUUUGAUGAAUGUGAGGCUGCUACUAUGCUUGUGUCUUUGGGGAGCUCAAGGUCAGGGACGCCCUCAUUUUCACCUAUCUCAAACCUGUCACCCUUCUCCCCUGCCCCCUCUCCAACCCCUUCUCCGCUCUUUGGUUUCCGUCCUGCCAAUUUCAGUCCUAUUACAACUUUGACAGUCCUGCCCCCUCGACGCCACCGACAUACCAGUGGCACAAGCACCAGCACCUCCAAACUUUGCACCUCAGUGACAGAGAAGGAGCGGGAGAGACUAGUUCCGGGCAUUGUACCAUCACUCCAGACCAAUCUCACCUUCACUAUACCUGUAAGCCCCAACAAACGGAAAUCAGAUGUCCCACCAGUCCCACCUCAAGUGAUACAAGACUGCACCAAACAUGACCUGGAGCAGAACAGAGGCCAUUCCUCUGUAGGCACCUCAUUUCAAGCCCUUUCUUCUCAGAUGACCACAUUGCUUAACUGCCAAAGGCCUCCAUCAUCCACAGCUUCUUCCCCACCUCCAUCUCCUUUAAACUUAGAGUCAGGUACACCACGGGCAGUCUCUCAACAAUCAUUGUGUGACUCUCCUUUAAUUGUUCGAAAUCCCGAGGUUUCGCUAGCAAAAUUUACAGAACGUCCACUAGCUAGAGUUAUACAUGAGGAGGGGACCAUCUCCAAAGAUGGCAGCCAGUCUGGUGCUCUGACAGGAUUACAGGUGCCUGUUCCAAUUAAUGCAGCUGCCUCCACCAAUGGGGCUGUCUUACUGCACAGCCCUUCAUCAACUCUGGUUCUGGUAUCUUCCAUCUCUUCCCUUCCGAGCCCUAACUCUGCAGGCCUCACCACCCAAUCCAGCCCAACCUUGGCCUGUAUAUCAGUACCCAGCUCUGCCCCUGAGUCUGCUUCCUUUGGUUCAGGUGGAGGUGGGCAGGAUAAGGGAAGAAUAACAACUUUGCAGCAGCCAGUUCCAUGUCACCCUGCCCCCACAGCGUUGUUACCACUUAUACUUCCAGCAGAGAGCCUGCACCCUGUGCCAUGUAAAGGCAUCAUCAUGGGACGACCAGGAACUGUGUGGACUAAUGUGGAGCCUAGAUCAGUUCCAGUGUUUCCUUGGCAUUCAUUGGUCCCUUUCCUGGCACCUACCCAAUCAGAUCCAUCAGCUCAGCCUGGGGAGGGCCAGCAGCCUGUCAAUCAUUCUCAGGCUGGCACUCUAAAGAAAGAGUCCCAGGGUGGGUCAGUGCAGAAGGAGGUCAUCGAGGGAGCAGCAAACCCCCCCUCACGGCCUGCGCCCGCUACUGAUGACCUUCCCCCAGAGAGAGAAAGGGACGUGGAGAGAGACAGGCCGGACAGUGAGACGGAGAGUGACAUAGAUGAUCCGUUUCUGCCAGGCGUUCUCCCCGACCCGCCAGUCUCGGCGUCUCCUGGGAAAAGGCGCUCUCAGUCUCUCAGUGCUCUGCCCAAAGAUGACAAGAACAGCCCUGGCAAGAGGGAGAAGGAUCAUAUAAGGAGGCCCAUGAACGCCUUCAUGAUCUUCAGCAAGCGCCACCGCGCCCUCGUCCACCAACGCCACCCCAACCAGGACAACCGCACCGUCAGCAAGAUCCUGGGCGAGUGGUGGUACGCCCUGGGCCCCAAAGAGAAGCAGAAGUACCAUGACCUCGCCUUCCAGGUGAAGGAGGCACACUUUAAAGCCCACCCGGACUGGAAGUGGUGUAACAAGGACAGGAAGAAGUCCAGCAGCGAGGGCCGCGGUGUGGCCGGGGGCAAGGACAUCAGGGAGAGGAGCAUGUCUGAGACCACCGAGCCUCCAUCUGUGUCACUGGGUCCUGAGCUCAAAGGGGUGGGGCCUGGUAUGGUAGGCGUGGCAGAGCGGGCUGGAGGGGAGGGGCACGCCCGCCCCAGGGCCUUCUCCCAGAGUGCCGUGCACAGUUUGGAGAAGAAUGAGAGAGGGAACCCUCAGAUGCUAGCAGAGCUUGCACAGAUGUGCGGCGACGGGAGUCAGGUUCCGGGGCGUACGGCUCUCCCUCAGGUCCAGAGGGGCGUGAGUGAAGACAUGACCAGUGACGAGGAACGCAUGGUCAUCUGUGAGGAGGAGGGGGACGAUGAUGUCAUCGAAGACCCUUACCCGGGCAGCUCCAUAGACCUGAAGUGCAAGGAGAAGGUGACAGACAGCGACAGCGAGACCGGAUCUGGGGAGGAAGGAGACCGUAAGAGAGUCUUCGCACCUGUGAUCUGCUCCUCUUCGGCGGGCUCAAGUCACGGGCGCAGUUUGUCCCUCUCCUCGUGCCCCUCCUCUAGACUCUUCUCCGACACACCUCCUAAGAGGAGGCGCGCGAUGGAGGGAGGAGAGGGAGAUCACCGGGAGGCAGAGGGAGGGGACCCUCACCUCCUGCCUCUGUCUUCCUCGGGUCAGUCCACCUCGGUCAGUGCGGGGGGAGGUGCAUCUCCAGCGCUGGGCCUGGGGGCGGUGAGGGUGGCGUCGACCGUCGUCACUAACGUGGUGCGUCCCGUCGUCAGCACCCCGCUGCCGAUUGCCAGCAAGUCACCUCACGACAGGAAACCCACCGCUCCUCAGGCGCAACUGCUUAUAGGACCUGGAGCCAUGGGAGGCGGGGCAUCAGCAGGAGGGGGUGGGUACUAUUCCUCGUCUUCGCCCAGUCCUGUACCUGCAGGGGGAAGUCAAGUGACCAAUCUAGUUUUGGGAGGCACAUUCCAGGCCCCGCCCACAGUACAGCUCAUCACACCCCCACCUCAAAAUCCAGCUUCCCCUGUGCUGGCCACAGCCAAUCAGAGUAACGGCCCCGUACCUCUGCCUCUGCUGCAGCCGCACGUUGUGCCCACUGCCUCUCUAGCACCCCCCACAGGCCAAAAACCCGUGACACAAGUUCAGUACAUCCUUCCCACUCUCUCAGCCAGCAACCCUAAGAGCCCCUCCCCUCAGCAGCCCAACCAGCCAACCAGUAUCUUCACCCUGCCCACAGCUCCUCCUACUCUUACCUCACUGGCUAAUGGGAAGCAGUCAGGAUACGCCUCCAGCCCUGCCGUGGGUGUGGUCAGCCCGGGAGCUAGAGUGCAAACACAGUCCCCAGUCUUACAGGGCAAGAUGCUGGUUCCCAUGGCAACUGUGAGGACUGCUCCUGCCCCUUCUCAGCAGUUUCCCUUGGUGGCCCCUCCUCUUCCUGUCCAGAAUGGAGCUCAGACAGGAAAUAAGAUUAUCCAGAUAGCUCCAAUGCCCGUUGUCCAGUCCCAGCUUCCUUCAGCUGGGAGUCCAUUCUCCGUAACCAUGGGAACGGCCACAGUGGUUGCCCCAGGCUCUACCCCCUCACAAGCUGUGCUGCUGCCUCCCCCACCUACGAGGAUCACUUAUGUCCAGUCCACUCCAGGAGGCCCCUCCCCUAUCCCUCUAGUAUCCACAACAACAGGCCCUGCCUCGCAAACAGCUCCUCCCACACCUGGAUCUGCGUACGUGCCCGGCGUAUCUCCCCUGGCAACCUUCGCGGCAAUCGCACAUCCAGGGCAGGCUCUGGUGCAGCCUCUCAUAGCAGCGGGUCAGCCUCCUCUGCUCGCCCCUGCCCAGCCGCCCAACCCGCACCCGGCUAUCACGGCCAUCUACCCCCCUGCCUCAGUCACCCUGGCCACCGGGGUGGUGUCCGCGGCGACGGUGCCACCGGGCGUGGUGUACACGGUCUCCACCGCCUCCCCCCACCUUCCCCCCAAGCACACUUUGACAACAUCGCUGACCUCGGUGACCUCAGUGACUUCCGACAGGCAGGGCCAUGCCCCUGCGCACAUUGAGCGCCAGUCGCUUCCAGAAAGGACGGCCGAGGGCCACGCGUACGCGCAGCCGACGGACAAGCUCCUCCUGCCUCAGGCUGCCGGUAAAGGCAACAGUAGCUCGGCAGCGCCCCCAUCAGGCUCGUCCUUGCCUCUGCAGCCUGGCAGUGCUGCCCAGCCCUCACAUACAGUGGGCGUCGGGACAGGCCUCCCCAAGCCCCUGGCGGUCCCAGGCAGGCCCCCUCAGAAGGUGAAGGCCAUGGUGGCCAACAUCCCCGUGGGCUGCUACGACGGUGGAGGUCGCGGGAAGGAGAGAGAAAAGGAGAGAGACAAGGAGAGGGAGAGGGAGUUCGGCGGCUCCUUCUCCUUUGAGGUGGACAAACUGGGCGAGGCGGCCUCCCCUGGGCCCGGCCCUCCUGACGACAGCCCCACGGAGGCCGAUGCCCAUGGCACUGGUGAGCCUGGCGCCGCAAGUGGGCGGGGCAAGGAGCUCAACACUAAAGAGGCUGAAUGGAAAGACUCCGCCUCGUCUUCUCCAUUACCCCCAUCAGCUCCAGAUCUUGCUCCGCCCCUUCUGCAGUUGGACAAAGACACGCCCCCACCCAAAAAGGUCAAGGCCCGUCCCCCACCUCUCAAGCGCCCGUUUGACUCGGUCGACAAGGUCCUGUCGGAGGUGUACUUCGAGGAGCGCUUCGCGGAGCUGCCGGAGUUCCGUCCGGAGGAGGUUCUUCCCUCACCCACCCUGCAGAGCCUGGCCACGUCUCCGCGGGCCAUCCUGGGCAGCUACCGCAGGAAGAGGAAGAACUCGACUGGUGAGAGAGAUCUGGACUCGUCCACGGAGGACCCCGUCUCUCCGAAAAGGAAGAGCCGCCGCAGGUCCAGCUGCAGCUCGGAGCCCAACACGCCCAAAAGUGCCGCCAAGUGCGAGGGCGACAUCUUCACUUUCGACAGGCCAGGUACCACCAGGCCGGAUUUGGAGACAAGCACCUGUACAGAUGGUGAGGACAUUCUUGGGGAGCUGGAGUUUGAUAAGGUGCCGUAUUCCUCUCUCAGAAGAACUCUUGAUCAGAGGAGAGCGCUUGUCAUGCAGCUAUUCCAGGACCACGGCUUCUUCCCCUCAGCCCAGGCCACAGCUGCGUUCCAGGCACGGUACGCUGACAUCUUCCCCACCAAGGUGUGUCUGCAGCUGAAGAUCCGCGAGGUCCGCCAGAAGAUCAUGCAGACGGCCGCUCCUUCCGAAAGCGCCGGGACCUCGGACUCCUCCCCUUUACCUGGACCUUCGGGGCCCGUGGCCAGUGAGGGAGGAGGCGGGUCUGAGUCUGUGGAGAAGGAGGCGGAGCGAGAGGAGGAGCAGACCAGCUCCGAGGAGACCAGGAACGCAGGCGAUUCGCUGGACUCCACCAGAUGAGUUUGAUGGACAAGCUGAAUGGAACAACCAGUGACCUGAUCGCUCCCCCAACAUCUCUAUCAGACACUGCUGCUCUUCUCAGAGAGAGAGAUUGAAUGUGGAAUGGAUGUUAAGAGGGGGACCCAAGAAGAGGGUUUUUUUAAAAACUGAAUUCCACAGUAUUUUGUGUUGUUUAAAAAACAAACAAAAAGACAUUUUAAUUGCAAAAGGACCGAAAAUAGGUCACAUUUACACACAUGCGUGCACCCCCCCCCCAAUGUUCAUUGUCUUAAAUAUCCACACUUGAACUUAAAGCAUUAUUUUAAUGAUGAGGCUUCCUUUGGACUCAGAAUUGAGGACUGUGGAAUUGUCCUGUUAGACCGUAAAAGCAGCUCUGCUGCCGUAUGAAGGCAGGACUUACGAGGGCAUUCGAUUCCGUUGUGGGAUUGAUUUUUUUUUAUUUUAUUUUAGGGGGUAUUAUGUGACAUAUGGAAAUAUAAGGUGGGCACAGGUAGGUUCUCAUAGGCCAGGUUUACUGCCAGUCAUUGUGAGGCCGGCCUCCAUUGGCUAGGCUUUAGAGACGAUGAAGACUUAAUGGACUCUUAUAUAUUUUGAUAUUUGCUUCCCCUUCUCCCUUUCUGUGGUGUUUUUGUUUUUGAAGACUUUUAAUGGAAAGCAUGUUAUUUUGGCACUGAAAAGCCUCAACGCGACUAGCUUAGCACAGCCAUUCACAAGCCCUUUCUUAUGAUUGGCUGUAGGACAUGCCAGUCAUGGCUGGAAUCAUUCCUAAGCUGCAGAUUGGCCAGCCAUGAAGGAAGAUGUUAUUAGAAAGGGAGUCAGUGGACACAUUAUGGCCACUGAUUGGUCAAGGGUUUCCUUCUUCCCCUAUAUAUGGAGAAACAUAUUUAAUUUUUUCUUCUUUCCUUGGCAUUUUUACUCGAGUUAAUGUGAGAUUGUGAAGCAAAAAGUAGAGUAUGUUGGAAUAUAUUCUUAAGAAUUUAUUAUGACAUUUAAUAACUUUCCAAAAAAAGAGAAACAAAACUUGAUUUUUAAAUCAACUCGUAAACCUACAGGUCAUUAUGUUAUUGAAUUUCACAUUACUGUUCUUAUAUUGUUCUUGUGACUCUAAAUGGGUGUAACCUACAUACUGUACUUUUUUGACUUGCUUUUUGAGGACCGAGACGCUAGAUCCUCCACUCUCGCUCUUCCUUCAGUAGGCACUUCCACUGUGGCUGUUACCUUCCUUCUUCUACCCUUACCUAUAGAACCACAGAGAAGUGUCACUUUUUUUUUUAAGAAAGUAGAAAUAUUACCCGCUCACGCCUUGUCCAGCAACUCCCGAGGCUUCAGUUGUAGUUUUAACUUCUUCAUUAACAUUCCUCCCUGAUCCUUCAUUCCGCUCUUCCUCCUUCUGAAGCUUUAUUGGUCUUUCUACACGUCAAUCACUUUAGGUUGAGCGGGAAGAGAGAGCAGGAGGAGGCGGGGCAGGCGGGGUGACUUACCCUGCGAAACUUGUCGGUGUUUGUACAUAGUUCCUGUGGAGUCUCACGGCUCCAUAUCGUAUUAAGGAGUAAAAAAAAAAAAAGCAUUAUUAAAAGUUAAACAAUGCCAUUAAAGGAACUGAAAUUGUAAAACAAAGGAAAAAUAAAUGAGUAUGGAUAUUAA